AUUUCAUCGUCUGCUAGCGUUCAUAGCAACUGCUUUGUAGUUAUAAAAGAAUUGUUUUGUUUGAACUGAAUUAUAAUCUUAAUACUUAAUAGUGUCAUUGAUUGAGAGAAAAUAUAAGUCAGAUGUUAGAGGCUGAUAAUUCUGAUUAGUAAUUAUAAAAUGGAGAGUCAAGACAGAAAGAUGAAAAAGCCUACCAGCUUCAAAAAGGUGUUUGCAGCCCCACUGAAAAUGGUUGGUACAGAUCAAGCAGAGCCCCAAAUUAAUAAAAAGAUAACUAGUAAAAAAAGUAAAACGGAAAUUGACAGUGCUGGGAAAUCAGAUUCCAAUGCUGCCUCUGAAAGUUCAAAACAAACUAAAAAAAGAAAGCUGUUAAAUAAAGAAUCAUCUGAAUCAAUUCCUCCAUUGAAAGAGAAGAAACAAAAACAAUCUGAAAAAAAUAAAUCCAAUGAAAGUAUAGAAAAUGAUCAUGAUCUCAAAUCUACCUUACCAAAAACUACAACUGGGAAAAAAAAGAAAGUUGUGAACCCACCUAGGUCUCUCACUGAACAUGAAUAUGAUGAACUCUUCAAGAGUGUUUUAAACACUAUUGUGGACAAAGAUGAAUCAGGUGACCAUUUUACAACUAAAAGUGAAGACAAAGAUAAUUCUACUAAAAUUGACAAACUGUUGAAUGUUGGUAACAAAGAUCCAGCCGAUGACUUUUCUGAUGCUGAGUCCUUGUCUAGUAACGGUAUUGAUUGUUGGGAUGAUGAAAUACCAAAAAGAACCAAGAAAACUGAAAGUCCAGAUUCUGAGGAAGAAAAAGAUAAUGUUAUUCCCUGCAAACCCAAAUUUGAAAUACCAAAAAAGUGUGUUAAGAGAGACAAAGAUGAGGUACACCCAAGAGAAAAAUUGAAGAAAAAGCAACAUGUUACAGUCCAAAAUACAACACAAGUAUUGAAUGAAAAUAAAGAAGAUAAAACCACAACAAAAAUGGAAAGAAAAUCGAAGAAAAAGAAAUUAAACAUUACAAUGAAAGAAGCAACACAAGCAAUAAUUGAAAAUGAUGAAGAUGAAGAAAAAGGUACAUGGGUUCAAUGUUGCAAUGCUAGUUGUAGCAAGUGGAGAUAUCUUGACUAUAUUGAAGACCCACUACUUGUACCAGAGAAUUGGGAAUGUCACAUGAAUUCAGAUGAAAAAUACAACUCAUGUGAGAAGCCAGAAGUUAACUAUGAUGAAAGUGAACACAUCUUAACAAAAUAUACUCUUGGAUCCAUUGUUUGGGCAAAGAUGGACGGCUAUCCAUGGUGGCCAGCAAUAGUUGAAAAUGAUCCAGAUUAUGACAUAUACUUUGAAGUAGUUAAUGAAACCAGUUUGAUUCCAACACAAUAUCAUGUGACCUUCUUUGGUGAGCGUGUUACUCGGGCAUGGGUUAAAGUGCGAUGGAUUAUUCCUUAUAUUAAAAACGUGUUGCCCAAAGCACAACUAUCAUCUAGUCAUCAUGCUUAUAAAAAAGAUUUUCAACUUGCUAUAAACUCUGCUGACACAGCAAUAGAGUUAAGUUUACAGGAACGUUUGAAAAAGUUUAGCUUCACAAAAAACUUCAAGAAGAAAUUUAGGAACAAAUAUUGUGAAUCACACACAGAAGAAAAACCUAGAGUUUUUCAAAGUCGCAAGAAAAAACUAGAAUCCAACUGUGUAAAACCUAAAGAAAGCUGUGAACCUAAUGAUGAAACUGAAAAUAACAGAAAUAGUGAUCUUGAAGAAACUUUUAGCGAUGACUCAUUAGAAAUGACAUCAUCUAAAGAUGAGGAUGCAGAUGUUGUGAAAAACAUUGUAGAACAUAUUGUGGACCAGGUAUGCCAAGACAAAACUGAAGAAGUUGAGGCACAAACUUCAAACAAGGUAGAAAAUGAUGGAAAGAAAACAGAAGGUAAAAUAGUAAAAGGUACAAAGAGAAGUAUUACAAAAGAAAAGGUUAAAAAAAUUAAAGAAAAGGUCUUCAGUAAAGGGAGUAAUGAAGAUACAAAAGACAUUUUAAAAGAGGACUCUAAGCAAGUAUCAGGGAAUGUAGAGCCCUCAGAAGUUGAUAAGGUCACAUCUGAAACUAAGUCACUAAUCUUAAAUCAAGAAAAUAAAGAAGUCAAAAAGAGAAUGAAAAAAUCAACUUUUAAAUCUGUCAUAGCCAAACCUAAUAGUACUAGUAGUGUAGAAAAUAAGAGUGAAAAAAUAAGACGUAAACUUGAUAGUAGUGACAUUGUAACUUUAAAAGUUAAAAGUGAUGAAAAAAGUGAGGUUACAGACAGUUUAGAGGCUGAAUGUGUAUCAAAGAUGAAGACAGGCAACAUUACAAUGAGUAAAACUUCAGCUUUAAAGAAGGUAAGCAAAAAAGAAAGCAAAACAAUUCAGAAAGGUACAGAUGAACAGAGCACAAGUAAGCCAAAAAAGAUAACACCAAUAAAGAUAAAAAACAAAAAAGACAACAUAGAAACUCAGAAAGCUACAGAUUAUGAAAGCACAGAUAAGCCUGAAAAGAAAGAACCAAUAGAAAUUGCAAAUAACUUAGACACAAAAAAUUGUUCUGAUGAUAGUGAAUUACUGAAAGCUGAACUGCCUUUAACCAAGAAAAAGAAAAUUAAAAAUGUGUUACCAGUAAAAAAUGUUAGUAAAUCACUUAAAAGUGUUGAAUCACAUUUGAAAGAUAAAGAUUCUAAUUUAAAUAUAAAAACCUCCAUUUUAAAAGAAAUGGAAAUCAAUAAAGUUGAAAACAGUGACCUUACAGAAGUGACCAAUUCAGAUACCUCAAAUGUGGAAUGUACGAAAGCCAAAGUUAAAAAGCUUAAAACCAAAAAGGAAAUAUUUAAACCAAGUAACAAACCCACAAAUGAAAUAAAGGAAAAGGAAUGUAAAUACAUUAAAAUAAAACCCAAUGUUGAAAUGAAAGAAAGUAAGCCUACUUCAGAUGAUCAAAUAUCAGAGAGCAAUAAGAAACAAAAUAAGCUAAAAUGCAAGAAGAAGAAAUUAGUAGUACCGCUAUUACAAAAUGUAAAAAAGAAUGAUGAUAGCAUUAAACAGGGUAAAGACAGAGAAGUUCCUGUUUAUAUUACUGACAAUGAAAUAGAAGACCAUGAUUCAAAUAAAGAAAACAUUGAAAAUGACCAGCAUAUUGUCCCUGAUAUUAGCAGCACACCAAUUGAAGAAUGUGACACUGAAUUAGAAGAGAGACGCUUUGAGGAUUUAGAACUGAAAUUAAAAAACAAAGAAGAUGAAGAAGAGCUUGAGUUGAAUCUAAAUGCCUUGAAUACUCAGCCAACCAACAGUCAGAAAACUGUUGACAAAAUUGCAAGUGAUGAAGAGGAUAGUGAUUACUUCUUUAACCUGGACAUUGACAACAAAGAAACUGUGACAGCUGAUGAUGGUUAUGACAUGAGUGUCCAUGGUAAAUUUGGCGGUCGGUGUAAUGAUCAUGGAUGGGACUCAGAUCCUUUAGAAAUAAUUGAAGAUUAAACAUGAUG